AUGCAGAGAGGCGCAAGUGCUUCCCCUACAGUGCUCGUCCUCACAUCCAACGUGGCGCUCACAGCCCCCCUCCCCGCCCUCUCAGGCGCAGCCAAGCUGACAGUCAAGGGCGCGUGUGCCCCUUCCAGGUGCAUCAUUAGCGGGGGUGGCGCCUUCCCCAUAUUCACCUCCCCCUCGUCCGGCCCCACGGGGGGGGUGUUGACUCUGGUCAACCUCAACUUCCAGCGAGCGGCAGGAGGCGUCCUAUUCAACGUGCGGGCGGCGGUCAACGCGAGUCAAUGCGUGUUCUUGAGCAACACGGCUCCUGGCAUUGGCGGAGGGGUGCUCAGCGACUCCUUCCCUGGGACAGCCACCCCUCCGUACCGCCUCUUCUCGCGCUUCACCUUUCAGGGCAACACGGCGCCCAUCCUGGGGGGCGGAGCCAUCAGCAUCAACGCGGGGAGCCCGCUGGGCCGCGUGCCGCCGCUCUACUUCGUGCGCUGUCUCUUCAAGGACAACACUGCGCCCAGAAGUCUCGGAGGGGCCAUUUCAGUGGCGGGGAACGGCAGAGUGCGGUUCAAGACGUGUGUGUUUGAUGGGAACAACGCCGAACGCUGCAUCUCUCUUCGUCCCUUUCCAUCCCUCUCCCUCUCCAUCCCUUUUCAUCCAUCUCCAUCCCUUUCCAUCCGUCUCCGUCUAUCUCCAUACCUCCCCAUCCCUCUCCAUUCCUUCCCACCCCCCUCUCACAACCCCAUUCCCACCCUCCUCAUCCUCCCCAUCCAGGUGCAUCUGGGGGAGCCAUCUUCUCAUACGGUGCAUCCCUUGCCCUCGCGCGAGUCACCUUCAAGACCAACAGGGCCCUCGGCACCUCCCUUGCCGGCUCAUUUUCCUCGGGCCUCGGCGGUGCUCUCUACGCCGUCUCAGGGCUCCUCACCCAGUCAUCUCUCAGCUUUCGUCGUCCUUUUCGGGCAACUCGGGCAGCGCUGCCAACGGCGGCUCGCUGUACCUGCAGAAGGCGCCGGGCAGCCCAAAGUUUACGGGCGUGGUGACGUUUUGCAGCGGGAGUAA